UUUGCUGUAAUAAUUAUUUAGCCUAUUUCUUCAAAUUAUAAUCGUUGUUGCUAUAUCAUAUAAAUUUGUCUAUUUUGUUUGUUUGUUAAUUUCAGGAGUGGUAAAUAUGUGUACAAGCCAACUAUGAAAACAACAUGUUGUCCAGCCUACACAAUCAAAUGUGAUACACACACCUUCCAUCCCACCAAGUCUCAGAAGAAAGUACUGAAGAAAAUGACCAAGUUUCUCACAGUUCCCAAAUCAGAAUCAACUUUUUCUAAUGCUGAUUGUAAAGAUGCUGGAAAGCAAACUCUUGCAGAGUUUAGUGAAGUGAAUGAUCCAGCUUUUUUAGAGCCCAUGCCUGGCACAAAGCCAUCUGAGACUAUCAAAACAAGGGAUAUCAAUACAGACAAACUGGAAAGGAGCAAUGUAAAGGGAACUGCUGAUUUGGUUACCACGAAAGGACCAAAAGAUUCACAAGUAGCGUCGUCAUCUGGCCAAUCAGUAUGUGAACCUGUAAACAAAACUAAGCUGUUGAAAAAACAAGCACCAGCACCUGGCAUUGGAGCUGAUCCAGACAAGCCUGCUUGCCGAAAAGCCAAAAUUCUUCGUCUUGAGAGAAAAAGGCAGAAACUGGCCUUGGCUAAAGGAGAACAGGUAGCAGAUUCUGAAACGAGCACUCAAACUUCAAGGACCCCUGUGGCAAAAUCAUUGGAAGAGUUUGUGAUUGACAGAUUACCCAACCAAACACCAGUGCAUGAUCUCCAGGUUAAAUUGGUGAGAGUGAACUUGAAGUCUGAAGAAUUUAAAGCAACAUAUGAUCAGACUUGUGCUGUGUUUGCAAAAUAUCAAAUGGCUGUCCACAAAGACUGCCCAGAUGAAUGUGAUGAAAUGCAGUUCAGAAGAUUUUUGGUUGACUCGCCUCUUGAGCAUGUUACUGGACCAGGAGCGCCUCCCAUGGGCUUUGGUUCGUUUCAUCAACAAUAUUUUCUCGACGGUAAACUCAUCGCAGUAGGAGUGAUUGACAUUCUUCCUCGUUGUGUGUCCUCAGUGUAUCUCUUCUAUGACCCUGAUUAUUCGUUUUUAUCCCUUGGCGUCUAUUCUGCUCUAAGGGAAAUUCACUUUACUCGCUCACUUCAAAGAACCAUUUCAUCUAUUCGGGAUUAUUAUAUGGGCUUCUACAUCCACUCCUGUCCUAAAAUGAGAUAUAAGGGCAACUAUGCGCCAUCUUACCUCGCCUGUCCAGAAACUUAUAACUGGAUUCCAAUUGAGCAUUGUCGUCCAAAACUCGACCUCAGUAAAUAUUCUCGACUUGAUGACCCCGACGAAGGUAACAACUGUACAAAAUUGGAAGAAACUAGUCUAACAAAAUGUAAACUCAUCGUAGUAGGAGUGAUUGACAUUCUUCCUCGUUGUGUGUCCUCAGUGUAUCUCUUCUAUGACCCUGAUUAUUCGUUUUUAUCCCUUGGCGUCUAUUCUGCUCUAAGGGAAAUUCACUUUACUCGCUCACUUCAAAGAACCAUUUCAUCUAUUCGGGAUUAUUAUAUGGGCUUCUACAUCCACUCCUGUCCUAAAAUGAGAUAUAAGGGCAACUAUGCGCCAUCUUACCUCGCCUGUCCAGAAACUUAUAACUGGAUUCCAAUUGAGCAUUGUCGUCCAAAACUCGACCUCAGUAAAUAUUCUCGACUUGAUGACCCCGACGAAGAAGCAACCCAAGGUUCUACAGAAGAUGUACUUGUACUGUUUGAGCGACAAGCAAUGCCAUACCAGCUUUAUGCGGCGAUCACAGAGGCCAAUGAUCGACAGGAGGUUCAGGAGUAUGCAGAACUCGUUGGACCUGCCGUUUCAUCAAGGAUGCUACUAUUUAGAUCUGGUUGAAGCCUGAUCUUCUUCAAACAUUCUCACACCGCACCCCUCCGUAGCAGAAGUAUCGCGUGAAAACUCGUUGAUGGCGGAAGCCCCUAAAAUGUUUUUAAAAAUUAAACCUCGAGAGAUUUUGACCAAGCGUUACAUAAGCUGUUAGGAAGAAGUAUAAUUAACUGGGCCAGACGUUUUUUUUUUUAAAAAUUGUUGCCAACCCACGGACACUUGUAAAAUAUUGGUAAAAGUUAAAGAGCUGGGUUUUGAGCUUCUUGAUUUAUAUUUUUACGACGAAUUGUGUAUUUACAGACUCACAUGCUGUUUUGGUGUGCGUUAGAAGUAUUUUUAGAGUGCUCGUGAAAAUGAAAUAUUUGCUACGGUUGUACAAGACGUGAAUCUCUGAUAGACAUCGAGGUUUCACGAAGUCUUGGGUGAAAAAGCUUUCUUUCUGACGAAUGAACGUUUUCUGCAACAAUUAAUAAAAGUGAAGGUUAC